UUACCAUUGCACCGAAGUAAGCUACGAUCGGGAAAAGGAGAAAACGGCGGUUGCUAACACCAACAGCCUACUACUGCUACUACCUACCUUUGCUUCCUUGUCUUCACCAGUAGCACAUUUCAUCAGUAUCCCAGUACGUCGUGACGCUCGUGUGUUCUGCUUGCAGAAAAAUUUGUAUUCGAUUGUUUUACUGCAGAUUCAGUGAGCAAAGAACCAUCCUCAAUCAUCAUGGGUCACCAUCCAGAACCACCGGUUAUGAUUUCGGACAAGCUGCCGGAAUCGUUACGUAAGAAGAUGAUUACGUUCCAGGCGAAAAACGAACUGCCCGUCUUCCUGAAGGGUGGACCGGCGGAUCGGAUCCUGUUCGGCGUGACGGCUUCCCUGUGCGUUGUCGGUGUACUGGGAAUUUUCAAAAUGGUCUACGAUCUCGGAUUCGCCAAGAAGAAGGCUUAAGCCAAAGGUUACCGCAUUGUUCAUGUUCCCGUUGGUGAUAGUGAUAGUUGCAGUUGGAGUGAAGAUGGAAAACUGAAUAACAUAAAAUUUGUGUUUAAUUCCCAAAAA